AUGGGAUCUACUCUGGUGCCCCACAAUUUGGACUUUCUUCUCAUCUCACUACUCAGCAGCCUGUGCCUGGUUUAUGCAGAUGAUGUGCUCACCAAAGAGGAACAGAUAGGCCUUUUGUUCAAAGCCAAGCGGAAAUGUGAGGGCAACAUCAAAUCAAGGCAAAAGAUUCCCGAUGGUUUCUGCUCACCAGAGUGGGACGGCAUCGUUUGCUGGCCUGAGGGCGCUCCGGGAAAGCUCGUCUCCACUGCAUGUCCAGAAUACAUCUAUGACUUCAACCAUAAAGGACUAGCAUACCGUCGCUGUGACAACAACGGGACAUGGGAGCUGGCCGCAAGCAACAACAAGACCUGGGCCAAUUACAGUGAAUGUGCAAAAUUCCUCUCCCAUUACAACCAGAACCAUGAAAAGGAGGUCUUUGACCGUCUGUAUCUCAUCUACACAGUGGGUUACUCCAUCUCUCUGGGAUCACUUAUGGUGGCUGUGGUCAUCUUGGGAUAUUUCCGGCGCUUACACUGCACCAGGAACUACAUCCACAUGCACCUCUUUGUGUCCUUCAUGCUAAGAGCUAUAAGUAUUUUUGUGAAAGACGUGGUGCUCUACUCCGGCUCGGCCUUGGAGGACAUGGAGAGAGUCAGCGUGGAAGAUCUCAAGUCCAUCACUGAGGCUCCGCCAGCCAGCAAAACACAGUUUAUUGGCUGCAAGGUGGCUGUGACCCUGUUUCUGUACUUUCUGGCAACCAAUUACUACUGGAUCCUUGUGGAGGGUCUGUACCUCCACAGCCUCAUCUUUAUGACUUUCUUCUCUGACAGAAAGUAUCUGUGGGGAUUUACUCUGAUUGGAUGGGGAGUCCCAGCCAUGUUUAUGACAGUUUGGGCGAGUGUCAGAGCUACCUUGGCAGACACCGAAUGUUGGGAUUUAAGUGCUGGCAAUCUGAAAUGGAUAGUUCAAGUCCCCAUCCUUACAGCUAUAGUGGUCAAUUUUGUGUUAUUUCUGAACAUCAUCAGAGUCUUGGCAACUAAACUACGGGAAACGAAUGCUGGAAGAUGUGACACCAGGCAGCAGUAUAGGAAACUGUUAAAGUCAACGUUGGUGCUGAUGCCGCUGUUUGGCGUGCACUACAUCGUGUUCAUGGCCAUGCCGUAUACAGAGGUGACUGGGGUUCCCUGGCAGAUCCAAAUGCACUAUGAGAUGCUCUUCAACUCUUUCCAGGGCUUCUUUGUCGCUAUAAUAUACUGCUUUUGCAACGGGGAGGUUCAAGCUGAGAUUAAGAAGUCGUGGAGCAGGAGGACACUAGCCCUGGACUUCAAGAGGAAAGCUCGGAGCGGCAGUAACACCUACAGCUAUGGACCGAUGGUAUCACACACCAGUGUUACCAACGUCACCGCCCGAGGACCGCUGGCCCUCCACCUCACCACGCGGCUGGGGCCGGUGCCUGUGAACGGGCACCGGAACCUGCCCGGGUACGUGAAGAACGGGUCGGUCUCGGAGAACUCUAUACCCUCGUCGGGACAGGAGCUCCACAUUCCCGAAGAGGAGCACUCGACCCACACUCGGCCCUGCGAGGAGGAGAAACCCUCGCCUGUGGUGGAGGAGGAAAGGGAGACAGUCAUGUGACCUCCAGGGACGCGCGUAUAGAGAUGAAAACUGGAAAAUGAAUGAAUAGAUAAACACGGAACAGUCAGGAUUCUCAGGAUGUUCUGAAGAGGAUGACUGCAUACACCGACACUGCCAGUUUUUUCUCCUGUGAAUCGAGCUGGAACAUUGCUGACCGAUGAGGCUCAAGGCAAAAAGGGUGUAUCACUUUUGCGAGGUGGGCCACCGUUGGUUGGGGAUGGUGAUGGCGAUGAUGAUGACCUUCACCGUUGUGGCAAAUCAUCUCUUCAACUUUUACCAUGCUGAAUGUGUAACGGCCGGGAACAGACUGCCGUCACUUAUUUGUUUUCCACUGCCAUCGCUGGUUUAUCUUUUUUCUUAUUUGCUUUUGUGUUUUUUUUGCUCGGUUUUUGUCCAUAAAACAGACUGGGGUUAGCUAAUUACCAGGAACAGCCUUAAUUAUCUAUUUAAAGCCAAGUGGAUCUUGAGCGCACUUGUGGGCCGACGUCAGCGAGAUUAAGUGUUAGGUCAGUGUGGGCUGACCGAGCGUACAUGUGCGUGUCAAAAUGAAAGUUCAUCGUAGAUUUUGUUGAAGAAGCUUUGGGGAAGCCUUUCAUGUCUUGUGUCAUGGUAUCUCACUUAUUCUGCAUUGACUUAAAUCCGAUUCAGUGUAAAAGGGAAGGUACUCAGGUAAUUGAUAUCCUCUAAUGUUGCACACCAAUUUUUAGAAACUGUUGAAGUGGUGUUUAUGGCAUGGCCAGCAUUUCUCUGGUAUUAUAAUUUAAAGGGUUUUUUCUAAAACUUUGUACAGUUUCUGCUGUUCAGAAUAAUCCAGUACUCAUCUAUACGAUACAUAUGGAUUUCAAAGAGUUUAUGUGAUUGUUCAUAUUCACAUUUUCUACAAUAAUAUUCUGUGACACACUAUAUAAAGCCAAAAUAGGAAUAUUUCCCUGAAGACCGUCUCUCUCUCUUUGGGGUUUAGUGUUUGGUAAGGUGAAGAAAAGCUGCAUGAAAGUCUGAUAGAAAUGGUAUCAAUUUCUCCCAAAGUUUUGAAAGGAAAGGGACCCCACUCAAAAAACACAGGGUGCAGGAAACAGUCAUGUUUUCCAGUGGAAUGUUAAUUAAACAAGGAAUCCAAGGCAAUCUCAAAUUCCCCUGGAAUUCCAAGAGUGACAUUUGUGGUGGAAAUGAAGGAAAACCUGAGCUGACAAUAACACACAAGAAAUUUUACAGAUGGUCCUGUGUUAUGCUGCU